AUGCUCAAGAGACAGCGCGUCGAAAUCGGCGAGGACGACAUCGCGAGUGCUAUCCGGGCCACGCUGCAACGGCUCCGUAAAUCCCAUCCGCGGCCUCGCAUGGUCCGGAUGGGGGCCGAUCCCAGACACGACGACGACGGUCGCAUCUGCCAACUCAACCUCAACGGAGACUGGGCGUUCAGUGCUGAAGCUCCUCGCACCCCCGAAGAGCGACGCGAUAUCAUCAAGCUCGGGCUCGACCGGGCGGGAAUCGCGCCCAGAGGCGCCCGGAUCAAUGUUCCGUUCGCCCAUCAGACGUUGCUCUCGAGCGUCCACAAGACAACCGCUGUCCCGGCCGUCUGGUACUCAAAGGCCAUCGCCUACGAAGAUACGGCGCAGCUGGUGGGCGAGGGAUCGCAACGGGUCCUCUUGCACUUCGGCGCCGUCGACUACGAGGCCCGCGUCUGGGUCAACGGCUGCCAGGUGGCCCACCACAUAGGAGGCCACGUCGGAUUCUCUGCCGACAUCCGCGCCGAGCUGGACAUCUCCCUGACAUCCAAAGAGGCGGCCAUAGUCGUCGUCGAGGCUCGCGACAGCCCACAGGACCUCCGCCAGCCGCGCGGCAAGCAGUACUGGAAGCAAGACGAGCACGGCAAUGCUGCGCCCGAGAGCAUCUUCUACACGCCCACCACUGGAAUCUGGCAGACGGUCUGGCUCGAGGCCGUGCCGGGACCUCACAUAUCCCACGUCGCCACCACGCCCGACAUCGACUCUGGCACAGUCCGAGUUGAUGUCGAUCUGCAGGGGCUCGAGCAUGGUCCGGACCGGGGCUGGAUCAAGGUCGAAGCUAGCCUGCAUGGGUACAAGUGCACCUCAGCGGCCAUCGCGGUUAGCAACGAGUCUUCUUGCUGCUCUCUCGUCGUCAACGUACGAUCGGCUGGUACACAACCAUCGCGCAGCUUCCGACCGUCGCUAUACUCCAAGGACGUGCUGCCUCCCGAAGUGCACCGAGAUGCCUGGGACGAUGGCCUGGCCCUCUGGUCGCCAGAGCAUCCGACCCUGUACGACCUCACCGUCAGCUACACGCUCGACCCGGAAGGCGGCGUGCCAAUGCUCAUAGACAAGAUCUUCACCUAUGUCGGCAUGCGGAAGGUCUCGGUCGACGACAGCGGCCGGCUCUGCCUCAACCAUCGGCCCUAUUUCCAGAAGCUCCUGUUGGACCAGGGCUACUGGCCCAAGAGCGGCAUGACAGCGCCGAGCGAAGACGCCUUCCAGGUGGACAUCACAAGGGCAAAGGAGCUCGGCUUCAAUGGCUGCCGCAAGCACCAGAAGGUCGAGGAUCCGCGCUUCUUUUUCGAGGCCGACCGUCUGGGCUUCCUUGUCUGGGGCGAGAUGGCCAACGCGUACGAGUACUCGGCCAAGUACGUCGGCCGCUUCAUCGCAGAGUGGAUGGAGGUGAUCCGCCGCGACUUUUCGCACCCGUGCAUCGUCGCCUGGGUCCCGGUCAACGAGUCGUGGGGCGUGCCAGCGCUGGGCGUCUCGGCGCAGCAACGCGCCCAUCUGGCGUCGCUGCACCACCUCACCAAGUCGCUCGAUCCCACCCGGCCCGUCGUCGACAACGACGGGUGGGAGCACGUGUGCACCGACCUGAUAACUAUCCACGACUACCGACCCGCCGCAGAUCUGGCGGCAUCCUACGCCGACCGCGCCGCGGCGCUGCGCGAAAAGGUGCUGGGCCACCCCAUCUUUGUCGCGGGGCCCACCGCCGCACCUUCGACUUCCUCGUCGAAGCUGCCGCUGCCUCUGCCGAUCCUCGUAACCGAGUACGGCGGUCUGGCCGUCAAGGGCGGCGCUGCAGGGUGGGGAUACAGCGAGGCGGCGGACCAGGCCCAGUUCCUCGACCAGUUUGGCCAGCUCACGGCCGCGCUCGUCGCCGGCGGCGUCGUGCAGGGUUUCUGCUAUACCCAGCUCGCCGACGUCGAACAGGAGGUCAAUGGCCUCCUCACCGCCGAGCGACGCCACAAACUCGACCCCAGCGCCGUCAAGGCCAUCCUCGACCGCAUCAAGCCGCCGUCCGCGUAG